CGGGAUGUGUUCCCUGCUCCUGCUGCCGCUGCUGGUUCUGCUCCUGGGCCCGGCCCCGGGCGGCUCCGAGCGCUGCCGGGAGCGCCCCGAGUGCCGCCCCUUCGGAAUUCCGGCCUGCCCCGGCUGGUGCCGUGCCGGGAUUUCCUCGGAAUCGCCGCUUUUUCCCGGGAACGGCCAAUUCCAGCCGCUCUCCGAGAGCCUCCGGCGCUACGUCAUGAGCCACUUCCGCUGGAACCAAUUCGGCCGCAAAAACGCCUCCGAGCCCGGAAAACGGGAAGAGUUUUCCGGGAAAAACGCCGGAAUUCCCGAUUUUUCCCGCUUUUCCGAGGAGGCCAAAGACGGGAAGCGUUCCUAUUCCAUGGAGCAUUUCCGCUGGGGAAAACCCGUCGGGCGCAAGAGGAGACCGGUGAAGGUUUAUCCCAACGGAGCCGAGGAGGAGUCGGAGGAGAAUUCCCGCCUGGAAUUCCGCAGGGGAGAAGCCCCCGAGGAGGAGGAGGAGGAUGAGGAGGAAGAAUUCCCGGAAUUCCCGUGGAAUUCCCGGAAGGAGAAGCGUUACGGCGGAUUCAUGAGUUCCGAGAGGAUCCGGACGCCGUUGGUGACGCUCUUCAAGAACGCCAUCGGGAAGAGUUUUGCCAAGGAUGGGCAGUGACGGGAAAAAUCCCGGAAAAUUCCGGAAAAAUCCCAGAAAAAUCCCAGAAAAUCUGGGAAAAUCUCACCAAAAAAAUCCCGGAAAAUCCAGGAAAAUCCCACGAAAAAAAUCCCGGAAAAUUCGGGAAAAUCCCACGGGAUUCGCGGCCCCCGUAGCGUCCCCUUAGCGCUUCGUCCUUCCUAAUAAAAAAUCCCGGGAUUUUCGGGCGGGAAUUCCCGGUUUUGGGAGUUCUUGGGAUUGGGGCGGAUCCCGGUUGGGAAUUCUUGGGAAUGUUGUAAAGGAGGGAUGGAAAAUUCCCGAAAAAAUAAAAAAAAAACUACGGA